AUGAAGGUUCAGUUAAAUAAAGCAAAGCUAUGUUGUAGCCAGCAUGGCUACUGCGGCAGCAGCCAAGAUUAUUGUGGCUCGGGUUGUCAACAAGGCCCUUGUACUGGCGGCACAGCUACCACACCAAGCACCAAUAGUGGUGGUGGUUCUUCGGUGGCUGAUAUUGUAACCCAAGAAUUCUUCAAUGGAAUCAUUAACCAGGCUCCUUCAGACUGUGCUGGGAAGAACUUCUACUCUCGAGAUGGUUUUAUUAAAGCUGUCAACUCAUAUUCUGACUUCGGUAGACUUGGUACGGUUGAGGAGUCUAAACGGGAAAUCGCAGCUUUCUUUGCUCAUGCCACUCAUGAGACUGGCUAUUUUUGCUACAUUGAAGAGAUAAAUCGUGGAACCUACUGCCAGCCAAGCACAAACUAUCCAUGCAACCCCGACAAAAAAUACUAUGGGCGUGGACCAUUCCAAAUUACAUGGAAUUACAAUUAUGGAGCUGCUGGAAACAGCAUUGGCUUGGACCUUUUAAACUCUCCAGAAACCGUGGCCUCAGACGCUGCUGUUGCAUUCAAGACGGCCUUGUGGUAUUGGAUGAACAAUGUUCGUCCUGUUGUAAGCCAAGGAUUUGGAGCCACGAUUCGAGCCAUUAAUGGUGCUGUGGAAUGCGAUGGUCAACGACCUGACCUAGUUCAAGCCCGGAUCAACUAUUACAAUGAUUAUUGCACCCAACUUAAUGUUGAUCCUGGCACUAAUCUCAGUUGCGAUGGCCAACUUAUUAAUUGUUUAGAGUUUAUCGUUAAUUGCCCCCUUUAGUACGAUAUAUAUAUAUAUAUACACA